CCAGGCCAGUUGAAAGCUUGGAUGGAGGCUUAAAGCAAAGCGGCCUGGACACGCGCUUUCUGCAGGCAAGCCACCCAUCGCUUGGUACGUGCCUACUUAGCCGACGAACUGCCGGCCAGGAGCCUCAGGUGGCUCAACCUACCCACGACAUGAUUGGCUCAGAGUUGUAAAAGCAUCUGAUCUUCACCUUCCAGCUUCACCACCCUGUCUGGUUUGCAAGUUCUCGACCAGAUAUCUACCCAACAAGCCUUUGCAAGGCCAACACCGACACAGAUUCGAGUACAAUGGUUGGCUUUGAACGCUCAAGUUACUACGACCGGCAGUGGCGGCAGUCCGACGCCCUCAUCCGCGCACGGCGGCCGUAUCUUGUCAAGAACGCCCUGCUGGGCGUAGGAAUUACGGCUAUCGCCGCAGGAAUUUAUGUCUACACAAUUCGAGCUGUCGGCCAAGACGAAUUCGAUGAUGUCAAGGUCCCCGAUGUCCCUGUGGCGAUCCCGCAGGGGGCUGCGCAACAGUCCAAGAAAUAGACUGACGGGAUGACGAUGAGGACAAGGACGAGGGCGAGUGGGUGCGGCUAUAUCAGGGGGGGAGCAUUUUCACUGGCGUUCUGGAUUUCACUGGCCUUAGAACUGGGAGUCUUCAGUGCUGUAUAGUUAUAUUGGACUACGUGCAAGAGGUAUUUGCGAAGGAACUGUGAAGAAGAAGAGAGCAACGCCAUUCCACCCAACCCCUUUGGCAGUGGGGAUGAUAACUCCCCCGGAAAAAAAACGCCUCCCAUAUAAACAUGUAUAUUUACGCGCCAUUGAUGCUGGGAUCCGAAAACCUUUGUAUAAAGGGCGUCUCCUGCCGAGACGCGCGGACCCGGUCGUCAUGACCACAGACGCAAUGCAUUGACUCUCCCCUCGUCUCCGA